GCUGUCGCUCACGCUAGGGUCCUCUCGGCUCCGGCGUUCUCCUUCUCGCGCCCACCUGCUCCGCAGUGCCCUCCGUGCACCCCUCCGUCGCGUGUCCAGCCUGGGGUACGCCCGCCCGCCGCGCGCCCCUUGCGCUCCUGGCCCUGACCUUCGCAGCUAGAAGGGCAGCGUGCCCCGGGGUGAGCGCCCCCGCCCCGCUCCUCCUCCCUCCCACAGGGGCGCGCCCGAUGCCCGGGACGGGCCGCUGAGCCGGAGGGGACCAAGGAGGCCAUGGUGGGAGCGCUCGCCCGCCGCGGUGCCCGCUGAGGCCAUGCAGCGCCCCGGGCGCCCCGCCGGCGCCCGCCUGAGGCUGUUCCUGCUCCUGCCACCGCUGCUGCUGCUCCCAGGCAGCCACGCGGGCAACCUGACGGUGGCCGUGGUGCUGCCGCUGGCCAACACCUCGUACCCGUGGUCGUGGGCGCGCGUGGGACCAGCGGUGGAGCUGGCCCUGGCCGGGGUGAAGGCGCGGCCCGACUUGCUGCCCGGCUGGACAGUCCGCACGGUGCUGGGCAGCAGCGAGAACGCACUGGGCGUCUGCUCCGACACCGCCGCGCCCCUGGCCGCCGUGGACCUCAAGUGGGAGCACAACCCCGCGGUGUUCCUGGGCCCCGGCUGCGUGUACGCCGCUGCCCCGGUGGGGCGCUUCACCGCGCACUGGCGGGUGCCGCUGCUGACCGCCGGCGCCCCGGCGCUGGGCUUCGGGGCCAAGGACGAGUACGCGCUGACCACCCGCGCGGGGCCCAGCCACGCCAAGCUGGGCGACUUCGUGGCGGCGCUGCACCGACGGCUGGGCUGGGAGCGCCAGGCACUCGUGCUCUACGCCUACCGGCCGGGCGAUGACCAGCCCUGCUUCUUCGUAGUGGAGGGGCUGUACAUGCGGGUCCGCGACCGCCUCAACAUCACGGUGGACCACCUGGAGUUCGCCGAGGGCGACCACGACCACUACACCAUGCUGCUGCGGACCGUGCGGCGCAAAGGCCGAGUGAUCUACAUCUGCAGUUCCCCAGAUGCCUUCAGAACCCUGAUGCUCCUGGCCCUGGAAGCUGGCCUGAGUGGGGAGGACUACGUUUUCUUCCACCUGGACCUCUUUGGGCAAAGCCUGCAAGGUGCACAUGGCCUUGCUCUGCGCAGGCCCUGGGAGAGAGGGGAUGGGCAGGAUGUCAGUGCCUACCAGGCCUUUCAGGCUGCCAAAAUCAUUACAUAUAAAGAGCCAGAUAAUCCUGAGUACUUGGAAUUCCUGCAGAAGCUAAAACACUUGGUCCACGAGCAGUUCAACUUCACCCUGGAGGAUGGUCUGGUGAACACCAUCCCAGCGUCCUUCCACGAUGGGCUCCUCCUCUAUGUCCAGGCAGUGACAGAGACUCUGGCUCACGGGGGAACUGUCACCGAUGGGGAAGGCAUCACUCAGAGGAUGUGGAACAGAAGCUUCCAAGGUGUGAUGGGAUACCUGAAAAUGGACAGCAAUGGAGAUCGAGAGACCGACUUCUCCCUCUGGGAUAUGGAUCCUGAGACUGGCGCCUUCAGAGUUGUUCUGAACUACAAUGGGACUUCCCAAGAGCUGGUGGCCGUGUCAGGGCGCAAACUGAACUGGCCCCUCGGGUACCCACCUCCUGACAUCCCCAAAUGCGGCUUUGACAAUGAGGACCCAGCCUGCAACCAAGACCACUUUUCUACCCUGGAGGUGCUGGCUUUGGUGGGCAGCCUCUCCCUGCUCAGCAUUCUGAUCGUCUCCUUUUUCAUAUACAGGAAGAUGCAGCUGGAAAAGGAACUGGCCUCAGAGCUGUGGCGGGUGCGCUGGGAAGAUGUGCAGCCCAGUAGCCUUGAGAGGCACCUCCGGAGUGCAGGCAGCCGGCUGACCUUGAGUGGGAGAGGCUCCAAUUACGGCUCCCUGCUAACCACAGAAGGCCAGUUCCAAGUCUUUGCCAAGACAGCGUAUUAUAAGGGCAACCUCGUGGCUGUGAAACGCGUGAACCGUAAACGUAUUGAGCUGACACGAAAAGUCCUAUUUGAACUGAAGCAUAUGCGGGAUGUGCAGAACGAACACCUGACCAGGUUUGUGGGUGCCUGCACCGACCCCCCCAACAUCUGUAUCCUCACAGAGUACUGUCCCCGUGGGAGCCUGCAGGACAUUCUAGAGAAUGAGAGCAUCACCCUAGACUGGAUGUUCCGGUACUCUCUCACCAAUGACAUCGUCAAGGGUAUGCUGUUCCUACACAAUGGAGCCAUUUGCUCCCAUGGGAACCUCAAGUCAUCCAACUGCGUGGUAGAUGGGCGCUUUGUGCUCAAGAUCACCGACUACGGGCUGGAGAGCUUCAGGGACCUGGAGACUGAGCAAGGACACACCCUCUAUGCCAAAAAGUUAUGGACAGCCCCUGAGCUCCUGAGAAUGGCCUCGCCCCCUGCCCAGGGCUCCCAGGCUGGUGACGUGUACAGCUUUGGGAUCAUCCUUCAGGAGAUUGCCCUGAGGAGUGGCGUCUUCCAUGUGGAAGGUGUGAACCUCAGCCCCAAAGAGAUCAUCGAGCGUGUGACUCGGGGUGAGCAGCCCCCCUUCCGGCCCUCCCUGGCCCUGCAGAGUCACCUGGAGGAACUGGGGCAGCUGAUGCAGAGGUGCUGGGCUGAGGACCCGCAGGAGCGGCCACCCUUCCAGCAGAUCCGCCUGAUGCUGCGCAAGUUUAACAGGGAGAACAGCAGCAACAUCCUGGACAACCUGCUGUCCCGCAUGGAGCAGUAUGCCAACAACCUGGAGGAGCUGGUGGAGGAGCGGACCCAGGCCUACCUGGAGGAGAAGCGCAAGGCCGAGGCCCUGCUGUACCAGAUUCUGCCUCACUCAGUGGCUGAGCAGCUGAAGCGUGGGGAGACGGUCCAGGCCGAAGCCUUUGACAGCGUUACUAUCUACUUCAGUGACAUUGUGGGUUUCACAGCCCUGUCAGCGGAGAGCACGCCCAUGCAGGUGAGUCAGGGUGCAGCCACAGGCGUCAAAGCAGGCAGGUAUGAGCGCGGUAACAUCUUCAUCUCCCAGGCCUGCCUCUGGUUCCGCUUUCCUCACCCCAGCCCAGGUGGGGUCCCUUACUCUCCACCCCUCUUGGCUUCUCUUCCCUUCCAGGUGGUGACCCUGCUCAAUGACCUGUACACUUGCUUUGACGCCGUCAUAGACAACUUUGAUGUGUAUAAGGUGGAGACCAUCGGCGACGCAUACAUGGUGGUGUCGGGGCUCCCGGUGCGGAAUGGGCGGCUGCACGCCCGCGAAGUGGCCCGCAUGGCCCUGGCGCUGCUGGACGCCGUGCGCUCCUUCCGCAUCCGCCACCGGCCCCAGGAGCAGCUGCGCCUGCGCAUCGGCAUCCAUACAGGGCCCGUGUGUGCUGGUGUGGUAGGGCUGAAGAUGCCCCGUUACUGUCUCUUUGGGGACACAGUCAACACGGCCUCAAGAAUGGAGUCUAACGGGGAAGCCCUGAAAAUCCAUUUGUCUUCUGAGACCAAAGCUGUCCUGGAGGAGUUUGGUGGUUUCGAGCUGGAGCUUCGAGGGGAUGUGGAAAUGAAGGGCAAAGGCAAAGUUCGGACCUACUGGCUCCUGGGGGAGUGGGGGAGUAGCACCUGAGGCUGACCUGCCUCCCCUCCUGGCCUUCCACACCUCCCUACAUGUGCCAGAGGUGACAGAGAGGUGCCAGGCCUCAGCCUCUCCCACAGCAGCCCCACCAUUGCCAAAGGACUGGAGAAGUGGUUUAAACAGCUCAGGUGUGCUGACCCCUUUGGAGACACAGAUAUUACCUCUGAAAGAGGACUGGCAUGGGGGAGACAGCAGAGCUCACAGGACUGGACCAAAGCACACAGUCAUGCCUAGUGGCAUACCCGUAGGCACCCACACCUGCUCUUCACCCUGAGUCAGGCUGGGGUGUGGAUUCCUGGACCCUCCUGCCCUCCCUGUGCCCUCCUCCCUCAACCUUGCUACACUGUGACUUUGCUGGGGAGAGGGAAGAGCUAUCUUGGGGGAAUAGGAAAAGGGACUAUAGCAGAAUCUAGGGAGUGGGGGAGUCCACAUCUGGGUCUAGCCCACCUGGGCCACAACACCCCCCGUCCCCCACCACCCAACAUUGGAUACAGUGCACAAGGGAGAAAGGGGCAGCACAGAGGGGCUGCAGGCCUAUAUGCCUUGGUUCUCCUCUGAGCAGAGACCAUUAAAAUCUUUAUUCCAG